AUGACAAUCGGCGUGGCAUUGAUUGGAGCAGGAAUCUGGUCCAAAGAGGAGCAUCUGCCAGCGGUACUCGCAUCGGAGCACUUGGACCUGAAGGCCGUGUAUUCUCGUUCGCUGAGUUCUGCGGAGGAUACUGCCAAGGCCUCGGGCAAGCAGGUUGAGCUGUAUUCCGAAGACUCGGACCAAGGAUACAACGAUUUGCUGAAGCGGGAGGAUGUCCAUGCAGUCAUUAUCGCACUUUCCAUCGCUUCCCAAGCCUCUUAUAUCCGCGCAGCGCUCUCCGCAGGAAAACAUGUUUUGUCAGAGAAACCCGUGGCCGAAAAUGUUGUGGAGGCGGAGGCGUUGAUCAAAUGGUAUACCGAGGAAAUUGAGCCUCUAAAGAAGGCUACUUGGAGUGUAGCAGAGAACUUCCGCUACCUCGAUAGCUUCCGAUACGCUCGGGAGAAAGUCCAGGGCCUAGGGAAGAUUAUUGGAUUCCGUGUCAAGGUUUAUGGCAAUAUCCAACAGGACGGAAAGUUCUUCAACACCGAUUGGAGAAAGGUUCCUACGCACCAGGGUGGCUUCCUGCUCGACGGUGGAGUGCACUACACAGCUGGACUGCGCUACCUGCUCGGACCCGACACAUUCAUUACUCGAUUGUCUGCCUUCACAACUCUGCUCAAGGAACACCUGCCACCUGUGGAUACAGUUGAUGCAAUUUUCAAAGCCAACACUGGCAUUCAGGGUACGUUCCAGGUGUCGAAUGGAACUAGCCUGGUGGGCCCCGAGUGGACUAUUGGGUGUGAGAAUGGCAGUGUCAGCGUCGAAGGCCCCAAGAUCACCAUUAGGACCUUAGAUGGCAAAGAAGAUGUCCAGAAUGUGGAUGACGAGCGGACAGGUGUUCCACCAGAAGUUCGACAAUGGGGAGUGGCUCUUGCAGCUGGCAAGCCGAACCCUGAACAGAGCCCCAGCCAGGCUUUGGCAGACCUGGAGUUGCUCGAAUUGAUGCUCCGUAGUGGUGAAAGUGAUGGGCAACCACAGGCAACUCACUGCCAACAACCCGCAAUUAUCUGA